GCUUACGUAACAUACCAAGAUUCGCACGCUCUAUAUAUAAACGUUCACCGCUGCAAAUCAACUUGCAUGUCUUCUGCUACCACCGAGCAGCAAUGGACCUUUUCUCAGCAAUUCUCUUCUGGAUUUUUGAAAGAUAGAACAGGUAAGAUUUCACAUCCAGUAUAUUUCGCAACUAAGGGUCAUUCAGACCUACAAAAUCGGAUAUCUGCAAGCAAAGAGGCUUCCUCUAUAUCAAACGAAAUCGUUGCUGACCUAUCAGCCCGAUUCACAAAGUUGACCAAGGAUCUUGCCGAUGCCGUUGGCUCACUGCCUGCUUAUGACCAGAAAGGCUACGAAAAUCAACUUAAAUUCAUUGAAGCUGAACUGGAGGGACUGAGAAAAGCAUCCAAGCCAGUAUCUCGAUUUUCUUUCAAGAAGAAGCAGGCCGCUUUCGAUCAGUCCCGUCCUCUUUCAGCUGUUGCCGUAGUAGCAGAACCUAUUUCUCCGGAGCCCUCGCCAUCUCAAGCAUCGAUAUUAAACUUCAGCUCACGAAAUAAUGAACUUCUUACUGUUGACCUGCCUGAUGUAUCUGCACGAGAUGUCACACUAUCGGAUCUAGUGAACUGUGUCGUAAAUCUUAUCUCGCCUACUAAAUUGACAAUCUCUGCCGUGCACGCCCAAAAUCUUCGGAAUGUCGUCAUCCUCUUGCCCAUGAUACAAUCAAGUAUCAUGCUCCAUGAUUUGGACAACUGUGUGGUCGUCGUUGGCUGUCAUCAGUUCCGAAUGCACACAUCGCGAACUGUUGACAUCUACCUUUCCAUCCCCUCACAUCCAGUCAUUGAAAAUUGCUCUGAUAUUCGUUUUGCGGGAUAUCCUUCCGCCUUGCAGCGUGAGAUACAGGUCGCAGAAAGCAAACACACAUCUGUCCAAGAUUUUUCACAUAUUAGAGCGUCACCCUCCCCAAACUGGACUCUCCUACCUGAAGAUCGACUACCGGCAUCCUGGCCCUUGGGCUCGACGACGGUCGGCGACUUCUUAAGUUCCCUGUUGCCGCGUUCGAUAUGACUUUGUCGUUGGAUCGGACAGGUCCGACAGGGCACUGCAAUUUAUGUGUAUGACAAAGUAGAGCUAGCCCCGUGUUCGUUUAAUAGGGGCUGAUUUGAAUCCGAGACGUUGGUGCUACUUAUGGUGUGCUGUUUCAUAUUUCCUUUUCUUUUAAACCAUCCCUCCCUUCAAACGUUCAACGCUAUUCAACUGAUGACGCCCGACAAAUGCCCUC